GCUGUUCCAAUCAGACCCCAACAAGGAGGUUUAUGAGGAGGCCUUUGGCGAUGUGUUGCGUGUUGCUGGCAGUUCCGUGAAGCCGGGAUCAAGGCACAAGUUAUCUUUCCGUGCCGGCAUCCUCUUCUUCACAGCAGACAAGAUGGGCAACACGUAUGGCGUGGUGGCCUCCGAAGAUUUCCCGAUGGCCCGCGCCUAUAGCUUCCUUGAAGAUCUUCUGCAGGUUUACCAUAGCAUUGAUGUUGAGACUGCUCUCGACCAGGGAGACGAGUCCUUGUGGUCCGAGCCACGCUUUCGGGAAGAUGCGUUCGGUGUCCGCGAGCUAGCCAUUGCUAGCUGGAAGAAACAGCUCCGGCCGGGAGACGGAUGCCUAGCUUCUGUGGGCGACGUUUCUGAUUCGAGCUCACCACGCCUGUGGCAGGAGUCCUUGUGA